UCGCAUUGUGAUAACGAGCAUGCCAUCAUCCAUGUUUUGAGAAAAUUUACAAUAUUGUGAAGUGUUCGUUCAAUUUUAAUUUGCGAAAGUUUAUUUAUUUUUGAUAUGUAGUGAUAGUGGUGAAGUGAAAAAAAUUGUUUUAGAAGACAUGCUAGUUUUAAGUUCCUGGAAAUUUGUAGAAAGUUAGUGGGAGUGUUUACGUUACGCAGAGAUACCAUGUUUAUACACACAUUAAUACUGCUAUUGUUAGCAGCGUCAUCCUACUGUGAGAUAAAAUGUGUUAAACAACCUGAGUGUGAUUGUUUAGAUGGUGACUACUUAGAAUACCAAUGCCCAAAUCUCCAAGCCAUAAUCCACGUGUAUAAACAAAAAAAAAUCGUGCAAGUGGACUGUUCGUCGUCGUCGCCUAUGAAAGAGUCGGAUCUCCCGGUGAUUGAUGUUGGUGAUCAACAAAGACUUGACUUCUCCGGAUGCGGACUCCCAGAGACGAAUUAUAUAUCCAUUUUACGAAAGAUGAAUGUGACAAAAAUAUCUGAACUGACAAUUGACGAGAGUACUUUCAACAGUCAAAAUACAUUGAAUUUUUCUAAAGAUACACUCCAUGGGAUGGAGUACAUUGAGUCCUUGAAGAUUCGGAGCGUUAGACAGUUGCAAAUUGAAGAUGAUGUCUUAGAAGCUGUGCCCAACUUGAAGGAAUUUACUUUACAUUUUAGUCACAUUUCAAAUAGGAUGAACAUCAAUUUCUCUUUUGUUAAAAAUCUUACAUAUUUGGAGAUGAGUGCAGUGGAACUGCAAGAAAUUCCUUUGAAGGAAGACGAUUAUUUACCACGAUUGAAGCGGAUUUAUUUAUACAAUAACAACAUUAAGACAUUAGAAACAAAUGCUUUUAGAGGGGCUGUUAAUUUAGAAUUGUUGGAAUUAAGCAAGAAUCAAAUACAGUUUAUAGAUGGGAACAUUUUUCAGAACAUGAACAAUUUAUAUAUUCUUAGUUUGUUCAGUAAUAAUUUGUCGGAAAUCACCGAGGAUACUUUUAAAUAUACAAAACAUUUGUCGAAUCUGCGUUUAGAGUACAAUCCAAUGCUAAAACUCCACGAUUAUGCUUUCGCAAAUAUGACCAACUUAACAAAAAUAUUUUUAAAUAAUUGCAAUCUACAGGAACUACCGCCAAAUUUGUUCGACGGUUCAACAAAUUUGGAACACGUAUCGCUAAACGACAAUCAACUAUCGAUAAUUCCUGACAACUUCUUCGAUGAGUUAACAAAGAUUAAAACGUUGAGCUUGGAUCACAAUAAAAUUAAAUAUUUACCAGAAGAUAUGUUCAAUAACCUUGAGGCUCUGGAAGAACUAUAUUUGGGACACAAUUCCCUGACUGUGAUAAGUGCCAAGUUAUUUAACAAACAGAGUAACUUAUUGAAACUGAAUUUACGAUUUAAUCAAAUUGAGAAGAUCGAAGGCCCCUUGUUAACAAACACAAAACUUCAAGACCUUGAUUUGUCCAAUAACAAAAUAUCCACGUUGGUGACCGACUCCGUGAUUGAAUUAAACUUACUGAAUAAUUUGAAAGACUUGCAGUACCUCAAUUUGAGCAGAAACCUUCUGGAAAGUGAGGCUAUUCCGACUACCAUGGUUAAAAUUGAAAGAGUAGAUUUGUCGUUCAAUAGAAUUAAAAAUAUUUCGUUGCUGACUUUAUCCAAUAUCAACAAGCAAACAUUUGCUGUGGACCUAGCAAAUAAUGAAAUUUCGAGGAUCGACAGCACAAUUUAUACCACUUCAGAUGAAGACAGACAAGAAAUAACACUUUCCUUAGAUAACAACCCAAUUGAUUGUGAUUGUUACAAUUACGAUUUUAUAAAGAACUACCCGGAUGUUAGAAAUGUAAACAAGAUUUUCUAUAUUGAAAAUUACGAACAAUUAAUGUGUACAUCAGGAAUUCCUCUAGUGGACAUAGCCAGACAUUUGGACAUUAUUAAUUGUCCAAUGAACGAGUUACUUCCACAGGAAUAUAAAUGUACAAAGGGUUGCGGCUGUUUCUGGAAACCAUUUAAUUCCACAUUUGCAAUGGACUGUUCUAAUAGAAAUCUUACACAAAUUCCCACAUUUGUCGCUCCCUUGAAUUGCAGUAUAUGGAAUCGAAUUUAUCGUACUAAAAAUAUAGAGAUUAAUUUAAGUAAUAAUUUAUUGGAUGUGCCUCCUUCUUCGCAAAAUGGAUAUGAAGAUGUAACUGAGUUGAAUUUAUCUAAUAAUAAACUCGGAAAAUUUAAUUGGGCACCCCCACAUAUACAGAAAUUAUAUUUGGACCAUAACCAUUUAUCAACAAUCAAUGAUAAUGUUUUGGACCAGCUGAAUGGUACAAUGAAAUAUUUGACUCUUGAUGGUAAUCCUUGGACGUGUGACUGUUCUACAUUAAAACUACAAGACUUUUUAAUACAUAACAAUAAACAGAUUGGAGAUACAAACAUUUACUGUAAAGACACCAGUGUAAAAAUCAUACAAAAUUCUGAACUCUGCGAUUACACAACCACAAUCGUGUUGGCUACAGCUCCCAUUGUCGUCAUUAUUCUCUUCAUUGCCUGUGGAGCAGCAAUGUAUUAUAAAUGGCAGGAGGAAAUUAAAGUUUGGUUGUACAGCAAAAACCUGUGUCUGUGGUGGGUUACCGAAGAAGAACUGGAUAAAAACAAACUUUACGACGCCUUCCUCAGCUUCUCACACAAGGAUGACGAAUUCGUUUUGAAGAGUCUACUUCCGUUCUUAGAAUCAGACACUAAUGCCUACAAGUUAUGUGUCCAUUAUAGAGAUUUUGUGGUUGGUGCACACAUUGGGGAACAAAUUACGUCCACAAUAGCCAACUCCAGAAGGACCAUAGUGGUCCUGUCGGAAAACUUUCUCGAAAGUUGUUGGGCUAAAAUGGAAUUUCGCACGGCCCAUUUAACGGGAAUAUCAGAAGGAAGAUCACGCGUCAUUAUAAUCGUAUAUGGUGACUUGGACGAAUCAAAAUUGCCGGGUGAAAUUAAAGCGUACCUUCGUACCAAUACAUAUGUGAAAUGGGGAGAUCCCUGGUUCUGGCAAAAGUUGACCUAUGCCAUGCCACACAAGAAAACUGUGAAAUUUAAUCAAAAACAUGCUAACGUUAUGCUCAACUUGGAUAAUAAAUUUGAAUUGAAGAAUCCAAAAGUGGCACAGUCAACACCACCUAUUUUAAAUGAUAACAGCAAAAUAUUAUCCAGCUUUCCAAUUGCCUUUAUAGAGGACAAGGUUGAACCAACGUCUCCUACGAAUUCUGAUACGCCGUUAAUAGUCUAAAAUAUAUUUUGUUGUAAUUAUUUUAAGCACUAUAUUAUACUGAAUCAUAUGAUUCGAAUAUGACGUUUUUGAAGAGAUUUCCGAUACCUAAAUUAUGAAGGUGGAAAUGGAUGAUCUGUAAUUGAAUAUUUUUAUUUAAUCAAUUAUUCAAAAUAAUACUUGAACUGGUAUAUAUUGUUUUGUUGUAAAUAUUUUGUAUAUAGUUUUUUUAAAUAAAUAUUUUUAUAUUUAAAAUUAA